AACCAGAAAUAACAAAAGCUCCAUGGACUCCAUACUCAUCAAUCGCCACCACUGCACAGAUUCUUCUUACUUUAACCACGGUGGCCAAAGCCAACAACCCUAUGCCUAUGCCUAUGGCGAAGAAGAAAACCCUAGCUCUAUCACUUUUCUUCUUCUUCAUCUUCUUCAAAUCCAUCUCCGGCACCGACGACUGCACUCCGGCCUCCUGUACCCCUACCGGCCCUCAGGUCCGCUUCCCGUUCCGUCUCCGUCACCGGCAACCGGAUCGAUGCGGUUUCUCUGGUUUCGAUCUAUCCUGUAACAAAAAAAAUCAAACAGUUCUUCACCUUCCGUCUUCUAGAUCAUUCAUCGUCAAAAGUAUUUCCUACGCUUUACAGGUGAUCAACAUAGAUCCAGAUUUCUGUUCACCGCAGGGACUCACCGGUUUAAAUUUAACCGACACACCGUUCGAUUUCAGUAUGGUAGAGAGAUACACUUUCUACAACUGCUCGUUGCAGAAUAUAGGUUUUACGUUCCAGAGUGUGCCGAUGCUUCCGUUUCCUUGCUUAGGAAGUGCGAAUCACUCGGUGUUUGCUGUGCGGACGGUGUGGAUUCCGUUUGGAGAUAUUCCGGCGAGUUGCGAGGAUAUUACGACGAUUUCGGUGCCAACGAGGCGGUUUGUUGAUUUCAGGAAUGAGUUGACGUUGUUGUGGUUUGCGCCGUAUUGUAGACCGUGUGAACUUGAUGGGAGAACUUGUGGAUUGAAGGGUGAUGGAGAAGAGACUGUUUGCUUUGGUUCUUCUUCUCAUGGUAUUCCGAGGAGUGCCAAAUAUGGGCUAAGCAUAGGAAUUGGUGUACCUGCACUUGUAUGCAUCAUUGGGCUCGUAUGCUACGCGUGCAAGGCAAGGAGCUAUAACCACAGUCAACGUCAUAACAUUGACCUUUUUUCUAUAGCAAUCACUCCACAACCACCUUCAACAACCGGCCUUGAUGGGCCCACAAUAGAGUCCUACCCAAAAACUAUAUUGGGAGAGAGUUGUAGAUUACCCAAAGUUGACGAUGGCACUUGCGCGAUAUGCCUUUCAGAUUACCAGCCCAAAGAGGUAGUAAGGAGCAUCCCGGAGUGUAAUCACUAUUUUCAUGCGGAUUGUAUAGACGAGUGGCUCAAAUUAAAUGCUACUUGUCCCGUGUGCCGGAAGUCACCUGAAAGUUCAUCUCUCGUUACACCAUGCUCUUCCAUGUCAUCGAAUUCAUCACAAACGACCAAUGAAGGGUAGAGUUUUGAUACGAUUUGUGUAUAUAAUAACGUAUAUGAACAAAAGUUUUUAUGUUGUAGGGUGUAGGAAUGAGUAUGACCCCGUCUGGGGGUCGAUAGGAUUUCAAUAUCUUUUGAGAUUUGAAUGUUGUAUAAUAAUUUACACGAAAACAUGGUUUGAGUAUGCAUGUUUGAGCAAACCCAAAAAGUUUCUGAUGUAAACCUAUAAACUAUACUUGAACAA